GCACUGUAAAUUAAAUUACAAAUUAGAAUGCACACAUCUCAAGAACAGACCAUAGAAAUAAAUACAAACCCAUUAAGUAAAUUGACAAAAGGUGUUGCAUAUUUAAUAAAUAGAUUGAGAGAAUGCCCAGAACAAAUAGUAACAGAUAAAACAUUGAAAGAGUUAGUAUCACUAAGCAUUCUUCUGAACGAGAACAAAGAACCAAUAGCAAAGGAAGAGUAUCAUAGGAUAGAAAUCCAUCCGGAGCACAGUAAAAGAGUAAAAGACAGUGAAGACUACCAAUUAAUAAGAUCAAAUAAGAAUGCUGUCAUACAAAUGGAAGAAACCACUGGUCAAGAUAUUUGUAUGAUAACACAAAAGGAGAUAGAAGAAAGAAUAGAAGCACCGUGUGGUCAUGUAUUUGACAAGAAAGGUCUUUUAUUUUUUUAUAGCACUGUACCGAGUAAAUAUAAAUUUAAGUGUCCGUAUGUGGGGUGUAAGAGUGACUGGCACAAAAUGAAAUAUAAUCCAAAGAAGAGUAAAUAA